GAGAGAGAGAGAGGUUACAAAUAGUUUAAGUGGGAAUAGCCAUGGAGGUAACAGCAUCCAAGAGAAUGGGGUCGACGAUGCUUGUGACAGCUCUGAGACUGUGGUCAUCCAUCAAUGUCGACGUGGCAUCCGCAUCGUGCAAAACGACCUGUGCAUUGUUGUGUGCUGGCGAUCCCUUGCCAUUUGUAUGCAUUCCCAAAUGCCUCAAGAAAUGCCCUAAAGUGUCUUUGACAUCCCUGGCAUCAGAGCAUUGCGAUGUUGGUUGUUUCUUAUCUACUUGCCUUAACUACCAUCUAGACACCAAAAAAGCUAGACUGGACACGAAGAAGGUUGAAGCUUGUGCGGAUUCAUGCUCUCGGGGUUGCCAGAAGACCUAUCCAUUGCGCUAAAGUUUGAAAAUUUUCCUUUUCAAUAAUUAAAUCAAGACAAUUGGGUUGUGUAAUGCCUUUGUGGGUUCAUACCACAACUAAUAAAUAGUGCCUUUUUAAUUUUU